AUGGUCGGUGAGUCUUAUUAUGCUAAGCUUAGCGGGAGCUGCUCCUCCCUUCUCAAGGAAAAUGAGAAGCGUCUGAAACCAUAACCUUGUGGGUCUGGUCUGGUCUGAUCAAUUCUCUCUCUCGCUCACUCGGCGCUCGCUUUAUUAAUAACAAUGGCAUCUCUGCUUCACUUAUCCACCACAAUAUCCACUUCUUUUCAUCGUUCUUCCAGUUUCUUCUCCAAAGAGCCUCGCUUCCCACUCGGACACGGCGUCAGGUGUAAUCUGGUAGAGCCGCUCAAGUUUGAGAAUGGUAAACCAUGCAUCCAACUCCUCAGUCCUAGCGAACAAUCAUUCCCAAGUUUUUUAGCUUCCAAAAGCCAUUUGGGAAACGCUAUUCCUAGUAGACAUGACACCAGGCUCCGCAUCUUCUCUGGCACUGCCAAUCCUGCACUCUCUCAGGAAAUCGCAAGCUAUAUGGGUUUGGAACUUGGAAAGAUUAAAAUAAAGCGGUUCGCUGAUGGUGAGAUUUAUGUUCAAUUGCAAGAAAGUGUAAGAGGCUGUGAUGUUUAUCUUGUGCAACCUACGUGCCCUCCUGCAAAUGAGAAUCUCAUGGAGCUUUUGAUAAUGAUUGAUGCUUGCCGGAGGGCAUCAGCCAAAAAUAUUACUGCAGUAAUUCCAUAUUUUGGGUAUGCCAGAGCUGAUAGGAAGACUCAAGGGCGAGAAUCCAUUGCAGCCAAACUUGUUGCAAAUUUGAUCACAGAAGCAGGUGCAAACCGUGUUCUUGCUUGUGAUCUUCAUUCUGGGCAGUCAAUGGGCUAUUUUGAUAUUCCCGUGGAUCAUGUGUAUGGUCAGCCUGUGAUACUUGAUUACCUUGCAAGCAAGACCAUAUGUUCUGAUGACUUGGUGGUAGUCUCCCCUGAUGUUGGUGGUGUAGCAAGAGCACGUGCUUUUGCCAAGAAAUUAUCAGAUGCACCUCUAGCCAUUGUAGAUAAAAGGAGACACGGGCACAAUGUUGCAGAGGUGAUGAAUUUGAUAGGGGAUGUGAAGGGAAAAGUUGCUGUUAUGGUUGAUGACAUGAUUGACACAGCUGGGACUAUCACUAAAGGUGCAGCUUUAUUGCAUCAGGAGGGAGCAAGGGAGGUCUAUGCAUGCAGUACACAUGCUGUUUUCAGUCCUCCUGCUAUAGAGAGAUUAUCAAGUGGUCUUUUUCAAGAAGUGAUCAUAACCAACACAAUACCAGUGUCGGAGCAGAACUACUUCCCUCAGCUCACUGUCUUGUCAGUGGCAAAUCUCCUGGGCGAGACCAUAUGGCGCGUUCAUGAUGACUGCUCUGGUGGCUUUGAACCCUGUUCGAGCUUGGGCAUUGACUGAUCAGUUGACAAGUAGUGGUUUGUCUCCCAGCUGCCAACUUUUAGCCGUCCUUGGAAAGUGUAAUCAAUAUACAGCAAAGUCAAAAAAGUAUUCUGUAGAGAGACCAUGUCUUUAGCCUUUUGUGUGGUGAGCUUGAUAAACAGGGGUUGUUGGGCGCGUUUUUGAUAGCUUGAGCUAGACUCGUCUUCGAGGCCUUACGUUUUUACUUUUAUUCCCCUUAUAUGAUGAUCUUGAUUAUAAAAUUAUUUCAUAUCUAUACCAAAUUUAUUCAUUACUC